UGAGCGGCAGCCGGGGAAGGAGGAAAACACCCCCAUAGAAGGCAGCAGAGGAGCGGCGGCAGCAGCGCCCGCACCGCCGCGCAGGGGCCGCGGCUGCCGGAGCCAAACUUUCCGGCGGCGGCUCGGGCGGGCCCGGCGGUGGCUGCGGCUUUUCCCGGGCCGGGUGGCGGAGCCUGCAGCCCCGCCGCAAGAUGCCCGCCGCGCUGCCCAGCCUGCUGGCCUGGCUGGCCGUGCUGCUGCUCGGCAGGGCCCGCCCGGCCGACGCCUGCAGCUGCUCGCCCAUCCACCCGCAACAGGCCUUCUGCAACGCCGAUGUAGUGAUCCGAGCAAAGGCCGUCUCUGCAAAAGAGGUGGAUUCGGGGAACGAUAUAUAUGGGAAUCCGAUCAAACGAAUCCAGUAUGAAAUCAAACAGAUCAAGAUGUUUAAGGGCCCUGACAAGGACAUCGAGUUCAUCUACACGGCUCCGUCCACUGCCGUGUGCGGCCGGCUGCUGGACACCGGCGGGAAGAAGGAAUAUCUCAUUGCAGGCAAGUCAGAGGGCAAUGGCAAGAUGCACAUCACGCUCUGCGACCUGGUCUCCACCUGGGACUCGCUGACCCCCACCCAGAAGAAGAGCCUAAACCAACGGUACCAGAUGGGCUGCGAGUGCAAGAUCUCGCGCUGCCUCUCCGUCCCCUGCUUCGUCUCCUCCUCGGAUGAGUGUCUCUGGACAGACUGGGCGAUGGAGAAGAACAACGUGGAUGGGCGGCAGGCGAAGCAUUACGCUUGCAUCAAGAGGAGCGACGGCUCGUGCGCCUGGUACCGCGGCAUGGCCCCCCCCAAGCAGGAGUUUCUCGACAUCGAGGACCCCUAAGCCAAACGAGCGCAUUCCAGUAGCCAGUAGAAAAAAAAACCUGCGAGAUGUUAGACUGGUCCACGCUGAUAUCAGUUCCUGGAGACAGCAUGAAAACCCACUCAGCCACGGGGGUCCCCAGGCUGUGGCACCUGCUGCGUGCGUGCGGGGACAGGGACCCGCUGUGUCACAGGCACCUGCAGCCUGUGGCUGUGCUGGGUGUCCCUGUGCUGGUGGCGGGGCUGAGCGGGGUGCGGGGGGACCCCCUCACUAGGGCAGUGUCCCUGCCUGGCCUCGCUCAGCCCUGGCACCCUGGCAGCUGUGAAGGAAUCAAACCCUCGUGGGUGGCAGGAGCUGCUCCCUCUGCGUAGCCGGUCUACCAGUGCCCCUGCCGUGGGGGACCCCCAACAGCUCUCUCCAAUCAGCCCUCCGUCCCACAGUGUCCCCAGCCACCUUCCAGCACCGGGGACCCUUCUGUCCCCUCCCCGCCCACCGCCCAUCCCUCCCAUUGGGGUGCAGGGAGGGUCAAGCCCUCCAGGCAGGGGCUCCAGGGGGGCCUUCCCGUGCGGCAGAGCCCCCAGCUCUGUGCAAGGGACUGCGGCUCCUGCACAGGUGCCUUAUUCCAAAAAGCCAGAGAGGUGCGUUAGCAUGGCUGGGGUGACGCCCCCAGUGUCCCCAGGUGCUGCUGUGCUUCUCUCCACAUCAACCCCAUGGGGACACGGAGGUGAGCACGUGGUUCACUGCCUUCCCCUGCGCUGUGGGGGGGUCUGUUCCCACUGCAGCCUCCUGCACCAGUGGAGAGCUGCUCCCAGACCCUUCUGCAGCCGCUGCUGCCAGAUGGGCUUAGGCCCCCAUCCCGUCCCCUGUGGUGAACCCUCCCCAACACCUCGGGCCCCGCUUUCUCUGAGCCAUUCCCACGUGGCAGCGGCACUGUGUGAUGGGCAGCACUGGCAUCGUGUGCCCGCAGCUUUGGGAGCACUGGGAACGAUCCCUCGCAUCCCUGCUCCAGUGGGCACUUUCAUGCUGUGCAUCCCUGUAAGGUUUAAGAUGUCGUACUGGACCAGUCUGGGCAGUUUCACCUAUUAUAAAGAGAAACAAUUAAAAAUAAAAAAAAAAAAAAAAAAAAGGAAGAAAAAACCCACCCCAACCUCUAAUCAAUCCCAUAUACGACUCCCGUUCGCUUACUGUAUGGUUAUAUCAUAUGUGCCAUUUACUCCUGUCUCUGCUGGUAGUCUUUAUCUUUGAGUUUAAUAUUUCCACUUGUUUUGCCACCGGC